AUGCCAAUCAAGACGCGCAGACAUAAAAGAGCUGAAGCACAGGCGAAUUUGGACACCCCCGAGCCCACCGUCGAGCCCACCGCCGAUCCUAGCGCUGACUCGAGCCCUGAAGAUUAUGACGACGACAACGACCCCGACUACAGCCCCGGUUCCGAAGCCGAUUCCGGUACUGAUAUUACCCCAGCCUCUCGCUCUGCCGCCGCUGGCAGGCCCUCUCGUGCAGGGAAGGGGCACAGGCGAAACUGGUCUAGCACCUCCAUCUGCAACGAGUCCAACCCAGUCAUCAUCACGCGUUUCAACAGUUGGAAAUCACGCCUAAGAUCGUUGAUAGCUGAGGCCAAGGCAGAAGGGAUCGACGGCUACGACGAAGUACAAUCUGUAACGGUAGCAGCGGCGGAAAGCCUUGCAAUUGUGGAGUCUGUCGACGAGUACAAGAAGAAGGCCGAAAAUGCGCAGAAAGAUGUGAAGACCGAGGCAGGAGCUCGUGUUACGAUCGAUCAAUGGUUGCUCGUUGCAAACCGGUUCUUUAAGGCCAAUCGUACCUUCGCCCUCACCGUAUGGACCGAACUAUGUCUAUCAUCCGCAUCCGACCAACCCGUCUACAUCGAAGAAGGAGAUAAAACAACAUUCCUGACUGGAGUGUUUGAUUACGGGGUUGGAUCCAUGCGUCAUGCUGAUACAAGACUCGUCAAAGAACAAGCGAUGUCAAUCGCUGAAGUCACACAAACAAAGCAAACCGUUGCCAUCUUUGGGCCCUACCGCAUCACGUUUGUUAUCAUUGAAGCAAAGAACGACAGAGAAAAUCUCAAGAAACACAUCCCUCAGGUAGUCUUGCAGUGUGUGGCCUUGGAACUGAACCGUACGCAGUGGGAAGGACUGGACGAAAGAUCAACCGUGCCUCCAAGCGUGCCUACCACACAGACGAAGUCCAUACCUCGGAAGGCGAAAGUGGUGUCCACCCCCUCAAAAGAUAUUCUCACUACGAUAUCUUCUCUGAACUAA